AACCAUCGUCGCGGGCAAUCGCGUUCCGUUGCGAAUCGUUAUUCGUUGGCAAAAAGUUGUUCGGUGGUGAAGUUAUUUUGCAGGAACCGUCUUUAAGAUCGUUUGAUUGAUAUUCCGUAACAUUAGCUCACGCUAAACACCGUUUCAUCAAGAUGGCCAUGUCACAGUUCCUGAGGUAUGCUGCCCGUCCCGCUGUGUGCCGGGCCCUGUCCUCAAAAGCGGCUCCAGCGGUCGAUGUGUCACCGACCGGUCCAAGCUUUGCGCUUACCGACGAGCAGCGGGAAAUCGUGGAGCUGACGAAGAAAUUCGUCCGCGACGAGGUAAUCCCGGUGGCGGCACACCACGACAAAACGGGCGAAUACCCGUGGGCCAUCAUCAAGAAGGCGUGGGAACUCGGACUGACCAACAACCACAUUCCGGCCGAAAUUGGCGGUACCGAAAUGUCCAUCCUGACGAGUUGUUUGGUGGCGGAAAAUUUCGCCUACGGUUGUUCCGGCAUAAUGACUGCGCUGGAAGCGAGUGGCCUAGGUCAAACUCCCGUCAUUCUGGCCGGCAACAAGGAACAGCAAAAGAAGUACCUCGGUCGACUGCUGGAGGAACCUCUGGUGGCGGCCUACUGCGUCACCGAGCCAGGCGCUGGGUCCGAUGUGAAUGGUGUGCGGACUCGCGCGGAACGUAAAGGGGACGAGUACGUACUGAAUGGCCAGAAAAUGUGGAUCACCAACGGUGGCGUGGCGAACUGGUACUUUGUGCUGGCACGCACCAAUCCCGAUCCGAAGUGUCCCGCUUCGAAAGCAUUCACCGGCUUCAUUGUGGAGCGCGAUACGCCUGGGCUCACGCCGGGACGUAAGGAGCAAAAUAUGGGCCAACGGGCUUCGGACACGCGCGGCAUCACGUUCGAGGAUGUGCGCGUACCCAAGGAGAAUGUGCUCAUCGGUGAGGGUGCGGGAUUCAAGAUCGCCAUGGGAACGUUCGAUAAAACGCGGCCGCCGGUAGCUGCCGGAGCCGUUGGACUGGCGCAGCGCUGUUUGGAUGAGGCGCUCAAGUACUCGCUCGAGCGCAAAACGUUCGGUGUACCGAUUGCGGCCCAUCAAGCGAUCUCGUUCAUACUGGCCGACAUGGCGAUAGGCGUUGAGACGGCCCGCCUAAUCACGAUGAAGUCGGCCUGGGAGGUGGAUCAGGGUCGGCGGAAUAGUUACUACGCCUCGAUCGCCAAGUGUUACGCGUCGGACAUUGCCAACAAAAUCGCGUCCGAUGCGGUGCAGGUAUUCGGUGGCAAUGGGUUCAACAGCGAGUAUCCGGUCGAGAAGCUGAUGCGCGAUGCGAAGAUCUACCAGAUCUACGAGGGUACCUCGCAGAUUCAGCGGUUGAUCAUUUCGCGCAACAUGAUCGAGGCCGCCAAACAGAGCGCAUAAGAGAAUUAACAGCCGACCAAUUGUUUAUCGGUCGUUAAAAUGGUUAUGUUUAUUUGGUUUGUGCAUUCUAUACUUUUAAAACUCUUCAUAUCACACACACACACACACACACAAUCACAGAUACCGGUGAAAUAGAAAUUUUGUAUUUUCAUAAGUAAAAUUAA